AACUUUACAAGGAAUACGCUACUAACUGUGCCAGAUAGAUUGUAUUUUUUUAUUGCAUUGCUGGUCUAAGUUAUAGUUUCAAACUGGAAAUUAUUAUUUCAGGAGACGAAGCACGGAAGACGUGGGAGCACUUGAGAGAUACGUUCAGGAAGAAAGUAAAAGAAAACAAAUCUGGUUCCGGAGCAAAACCAACAUGGACCUACUUUGAAUCUUUAACUUUCUUAUUGCCUGUAAUGAAGCCACGAGUGACAACUGGAAAUCUCCCUGUCUCUGAUACGCCUGUCAACACUCUUCUAGAAUCUGAGGAUUAUGCCGAUUUAACAGAACAUGAUGAGACGUCUACUCUAAAUAUCGACGAACCUGAUGAGUCACCAAAUGUAGAACGAGCUCAACGAUCCGAUAACACGUCCACACCUAGUCCUACUCCAGUGAACAACGAGUUUCAGCGUCCUCGGCAAAAGAGAAAGCGAGGAUCGACAAUACAAAACGAGGCUCUUAAUUUGGAAAAAAGGAAAGUCCAGCUACUGGAAGCUCGGUUUGCUGUCCAAAAAUCCAGCUCAAUGGAGGAAGAGGAUGAAGACUUAUCGUUUUUUAAAAGUUUGCUGCCUGCACUGAAGAAGCUACCAUACCUUCGAAAAAUGAAAUUGAAAGCUUCAAUCUUCAAUAGCGUCAUCGCUGAGCUCGAAGCAGAAGAAAGAUGCAACAGGCCAUACCAAUCCGUAAAUACUCCUCUUUCUAGUCCACAAUCAGGGAAUUUUGGAGGAUACAACUUAAAUAAUCCCUAUGCAUCAACUUCAAGGCCUACUACACCACAUACUGAAACCUGGCCUACCCCUAAUGACCAAAUACAGACGCCUCCCUACACCAAUACCUUCGAGAAUCUCUAAGUACAAACAUUAACAGAUGAAACAUUAAUGAUUAGUUCUCUUUUUUUACAUAAGUAUUGUUUAAGCUUUUGCUUAAAAAUGUUUGACCGUUUGUUAGCUAGUAUUUACUUAUAUACCCUGUUGAUAGGUGUAACAACUUUUAUUCUCAU